ACUUGAUUUUGUGUUAGACGCUGUACAAUGCCCGAAUCAAUGGUUACCGAGCAACAACCUGAGGAGUUCGCGUUUCAGGCUGAGAUCGCCCAGCUUAUGAGCCUGAUUAUCAACACUUUCUACUCCAACAAAGAGAUAUUUCUUCGUGAGCUUAUAUCUAAUGCUAGUGACGCUCUGGACAAGUUGAGGUAUAAGAGUUUGACUGAUCCAUCAGUUCUUGAUUCCGGAGAAGAUAUGUAUGUCAAGUUGAUACCCAACAAGGAGGCUGGAACUUUGACUGUCCUGGAUACUGGUAUUGGUAUGACGAAAGCAGAUUUGAUUAAGAAUUUGGGUACGAUCGCUUCCUCUGGCACGAAGGCGUUUAUGGAGGCUCUGGCUGAUGGUGCAGAUAUAUCGAUGAUUGGUCAAUUUGGUGUAGGUUUCUAUUCUGCCUACCUUAUAGCCGACCGGGUUCAAGUAGUGACGAAAAAUAAUGAUGAUGACCAGUACAUUUGGGAGUCGUCCGCUGGUGGAACUUUCACAAUUGCACCAGAUGACAGUGAGUUGCCAAAACGAGGCACUAAGGUGAUAUUGCAUCUCAAAGAAGAUCAACUAGAUUUUCUUGAAGAGAGAAAAAUUCGAGAUAUAGUGAAGAAACAUUCUAAUUUUAUUAACUAUCCCAUCAAGCUGGUUGUUAAUAAAGAGCGGACCAAGGAAGUGUCUGAUGAUGAGGCUGAAAAGUCCGAGUCGAAAGAAACUGACGAGGCUGACGACAAACCGAAAGUCGAAGACCUAGAUGAAGACGAGGAAGAGGAGAAUAAGGAAAAGAAAAAUAAAAAGAAGGUUGUGGAGAAGUAUACUGAAGAAGAGCAACUGAACAAGCUUAAACCGCUCUGGACGCGUAAUCCCGAAGAUAUAAAUACAGAAGAGUAUGCCGAGUUUUACAAGUCGCUUACUAAUGACUGGGAGGACCAUCUUGCCGUGAAGCACUUCUCUGUUGAAGGACAGUUAGAGUUCCGAGCGUUGCUGUUUGUGCCUAAACGUGCACCUAUAGACAUGUUCGAAGGAUCGCGUAAGAAGCGAAACAAUAUCAAAUUGUAUGUGCGAAGAGUGCUGAUCAUGGAUACGUGUGAUGAUAUGAUUCCUGAGUACUUGAAUUUCGUCCGAGGCGUUGUGGAUAGUGAAGACCUGCCCCUUAACAUCAGUCGUGAGGUGUUGCAGCAGAACAACGUAUUGAAGGUUAUUCGUAAGAGCUUGGUCAGGAAAUGUAUUGAGCUAUUUGAGGAGAUAGCGGAGGAUAAAGAUAACUACAAGAAGUUUUACGAGCAAUACUCGAAAAGUAUAAAACUGGGCAUCCAUGAAGAUAGUGUUAAUAGGGGGAAGCUAUCCGACUUACUGCGUUUCUAUUCCUCAGCUUCUGGUGAUGAAAUGAUCAGCAUGAAGGAUUAUGUAUCACGUAUGAAGCCUGAACAACAAGAUAUUUACUACAUAACAGGUGAGUCAAAGCAAGCUGUAAUGAAUUCACCAUUUACUGAGAAGCUUACUCAACGUGGAUUCGAAGUACUGUUCAUGGUUGACCCGAUUGACGAAUAUGCUGUUACCCAUAUACGGCAAUACGAAAACAAGAAGCUGGUUUGUGUUACGAAGGACGGUCUUCAAUUACCUGAGAGUGACGAGGACAAAAAGCAAUUCGAAGAGCUGAAGUCGUCGUUCGAAACGCUGUGCAAAGAGAUCCAGCAAAUCCUCGGCAAGAACGUUGAGAAAAGUUUGGAUGGUCUGCUAACAUGGAGAGGAUCAUGAAAGCUCAGGCACUCCGGGAUUCCUGCACGAUGGGUUAUAUGGCAGCCAAGAAACAGCUAGAGCUGAAUCCGUACCACCCUAUGAUCAAAGCCUUGAAACAACAGUUUGAGAGUGGCAGUUCAACCAAACUUGUUAAGGAUCUUGUGCAACUGUUGUUCGACACCGCACUUCUCUCUUCAGGAUUCUCACUACCUGAUCCCAAGAUACACGCUAAGAGCAUCCACCAUAUGGUUUGCAUGUGCCUGGAUAUUCCUGAUGAUGAAAUGAAGGCGAACGAAAUCCCAAGUAACGGUAUCCAGAAAGAUGCUGCACCUGAAGCUACAGUUGACGAAGAUGGUAUGGAAGAAGUGGAUUAGCCUGUUUGCAUUUUGUAUAUAACCGGUGACUAAUAAACUUUGCUCUCAAA